AUGGAGAAUCGCCGAAAUCAAGAGCAGAAACCCAGAAAUAAUGCACGACUUCCGCGAGAGCAUCCAAGUAAGCUAUCUCUUCAAUCAUCGCUUUAACUAACCGCAAAAUUCCCUUCUGAUCAUUUUUCAGGUGAUCUGAAGUGAUGAUAUUUUAAAAAAAUCAUUUCUCUCUGAAUUCUUUUUUUUUAAGAAUGAAGAAGUUUAAAAGAGCUUGUAUUUAAUCAAUUAUUAUUGUGGAAACUCCGUUUUGCAUCUCAUUUUUGAUUUUUCUAGUUUUUUUAAUGAAAUUUUUUUAAUGCAAUUUUAACGUUGCGAAACAAGCAAGCUAUAUAUCAUCUCUGAAAACUUUCUGCAGAUUUAUUAGCGCUUUGAAAUUGAGCGGCUUUAGUUAGGAAAGAUUAAUUUAAGUGGGUAUUUCCAGAUUAUUCUCCGCCUCGUGUCGAGUAUACAGUCAUAAAUGGCCCGAAAGUAAGUUUAUUAUUGACUUCUUGAUUUUGCAGAAAGAAAAUUCACUGGUUAAUCGAGAAUAUUCUUCAGGAAAAUCCGGAAAAGUUAGGGAUGUGCCGGUUUAACCCACUACAUUUCUUGAAAGCAGCUGACGUUAGGAAACAUGAAGAGACUUGUCCCGAUAAGGAGUGGUUCAUAGCUAGACACUAAAUCUCAUGUAUUUUUGAUGGAUGAACUCUUUUUCAUUGAAUUCUCCGGUUUUUAUUAUUAUUUCACACAACUCAUUCUUUCAUACCUUGCCGUCAUAUUUCUCUGAUCAAUUUAUUUUUGUUAUUGUUGAAUGUCAUUAAUUUCAUGUGCACUGGUUUCUGUUUAUACGACUUUCAGUUGGAUACGCUAUGACUCAUAUAAAUUUGAGAGUUUUCUGUUUUUUUUUCAAGAUUCGUUAUUCGCGAUAUUAUUAUCGAUUGAUUCAAAAAAUGCAGGUCUUGCAAACAUUUGUUCCAGAAUGUCAGGAGCUAGAAAGAAGGCGCUUCUGAAAGUGAUCAUCCUCGGCGAUUCGGGCGUCGGGAAGACGUCGUUGAUGAACCAGUACGUCAACAGACGUUUUAGCAACCAGUACAAGGUAGAUGAUCAAAAUUUCCAUUGCGAAUAAGAAAAGAUUUUAAGGCUACGAUUGGAGCCGAUUUUCUCACUCGCGAUGUUCAAAUUGAUGACCGCACGGUUACUUUGCAGGUUACAUUUCCUUUUUUUGACGGAAAAAAAUUUGUAAGAAAAAAAGUGUAGCAGCCUCUCGAAGACCUACAAUUCAAAAACUUUUUAAUCUUUUGAGAAUGAGAACUUUUUUGAACGAUCGUCGCAAAACAAUUUUAAUUAGCUUCAAUAGUUUUCGAGAAUUUGCAUUAGCCGCGGAAGAUUCUGAAGGUUUUUUUUUAGAUUUGGGACACGGCCGGCCAGGAACGGUUCCAAUCUCUUGGCGUAGCCUUUUACCGUGGCGCCGACUGUUGUGUCCUCGCCUUCGACGUCACCAACGCCGGAUCGUUCAAGAGUUUGGACUCUUGGCGCGACGAGUUCCUCAUCCAAGCCAGGUUUGUUCAUUUUCUGAUCUCAUGAAAAGAGAAUAAAAGGUAGAAAAAAACAGUUUGAUAUCUCUGGACACUGGACCCGCUUGACAGAACGUUGAAAGUCUAAAAAAUGUGGAUUGGUGCUCCUUUUUUCAAAUAUAUUUUCUUUGAACGUGUUCAGAUUGAAUUACGGGCUCAAAGUUUUUCAUUUGGAACUUAUGGAAAUUUAUAUAUAGUAUAGAUACAGUAAACUUAUUUAUUGAGUUUCGCGAGAAAAUAUAGUGAUUUUUUUGAAUAAUGGAAAAGAAAAUGUUUUAUGUGUACAUGUUAAGGAAAUUGAAAAAAUUUCGAAGAUAGUUGAGUUCAAUUUUUAGACGGUUUUAAGCACCUAUUUUUGUUAAAUCUACAAUAAACUACUCGCAUCGAGACUUAUUUUAAAAAUAUUUUCAGCCCACGCGAUCCGGACCAUUUCCCAUUUGUUCUUCUGGGCAACAAAGUUGAUUUGGAGUCGAAUCGGGCAGUUUCUGCCAAACGAGCACAGAAUUGGUGCCAAACGAAGGGAAAUAUUCCCUAUUACGAGGUGAUUCUUUGAAAAUUGUCACUUUUUUCUGAAGAAACACUUCAAGGUAUCUGCAAAGGAAGCUGUAAAUGUCGAAGCUGCAUUCGUCGCAAUCGCUCGCGAUGCAUUGGCCCGUGAAACUCAGGUUUUUAUUUGUUUUUUCUCGCCGUAACUUUUAUUUCUGAAGGUCUUAAAACUAUUAGAAACAGUAAGAAAUGUUUUAAUUUUUCAAUUUUUUUUUUUUUUUAUGUGUUUCAUAAUCCCGUUUACCAAUGGUUUGUUUCAACGUCGAUUGAUUUUUGUCCACAGAUUAAGUGAUAUGAUAAGCCUUAUCGUCCAGUUUUUUUGAUAACGAUAUUGAGUGGGAGCGUGUGGAUGUGAAUAAGAAACUCGAGAAAUUAGCUCCUUGGUUCGAAUAGGUCGAUUGGCAGUAAAAAAUGUUCUUUCAAAUGUUUGAAGAUAAGGAUAUUAGAGAGAAUGAAAAAAAAAAUUACCAUUUAAACUUUUCAUUUUUUUCUUCUUAUUUUUCUUUAACCACCUCAAGGUGAAAAAAAUUCGAGCUUCUAAAAUGUAUUGAUUACAAAAAAGAGCCAUGGCAAAUUUACUCUUUUUUUUAGUUCCAGGACAUAGUUAACUUUACAGGAAAGCAACGAUUUCCCCGAGUUUCCCGACCAGAUUCGGCUCAAUCCAAACCAGCAGAGCAGCCAAGGCUCCUCUUGCAACUGCUAA